AUGCCCUCCAGAUUGCGCAGCGCACUUCCGCGGAGCCUGUCGCGCCCGCUGGACAGCGCGGGUGUCUUCUACUGCCCCUCCUGCUCAACCUGGAGACGGGAGCUCACAACGCGUGCAGGCGCCAGCACCGGCAUUGGCAGAAUUGGCUCGGCACGUAGAUCGAAUCGCCUGCUGGAGCCGGCUACGACUGUCAAUGCUCGCCAUUUCACUCAUUCAUCUGUUAUCACGGCAGGCAAGGCAAUCCCACCGCGAUUCAAGGAGCUGCACGAUGCUCUGAGUAGAGUCCAAGAUGCAGCGAUACAGGAAGUCAGUAUUAGUCGGUUACAACUGGCGUUGAGAGGGUUAGAGUCUGAAGCGCCUCUUAUUCGAGUUGCCGUUCUCGGACUAGAUAAAGCCGACUCUGCGCGCAGAUUGGUUCGGUUGCUUCUCGCCGAUCCUCUGAGUCAACGCGAGAGCUGGGAGGAUGUUCUCGACGGCUAUGAUGCGGACCCUUCGCGGGGUCUAUUAAUUCGAUACGGCGAAGUCUCGGAAUCCCUACCCGAUGACCUUCUUCCGACACUUGCAGUCCGCUCACCCGUCCUGAAGAAGGGUAACAUCGAAAUCCUCAUCGGCAAAAUCGGCUCUGAAGCGGCCUCGGCUGGCGCCUCCCUCUCCGCCGAUACCUUCCUCGUCCCCAAUGUCACGAUUCCAACAUCACACUCCGGGCGGCAAAAUAUGAUCCGGUACCCUGUGCACGGGAGUAUCGUGUGCGGACACGGAGUGAAUGGAUUGUUGGCAUUCAGUAGCUUGGUGAGCCGUGCAGACUUGAAGAAUGAAAUUGCCUCAGUGCGCGGUGCAAUCGAGCUUUCCGUGGCGAACCAGACCCGUGAUAGCGAUCGUCUUUCGUUUGUGGAUAUCGAACGUGCGAGCACUGCCCUGGACAAGAUCCGUGAAUCCGUGCAAAAUGCCACCGAAUAUGAACGGGGGUGGAAUGCGAGUGGUGUGCAGGCCGUGGUCGACUGGCUCGCAAAUUUCUCCCUGGCGGACAGUGGAGAAGAGUUAAAUCCUGCUCUAGUCCCGUUGAUUGAAUCGCUGCUCAAUGCGGCCGACGAAGGUGUGAGAGCUCGGGAUGCCCAAGCUCUUCAGAAACAGACCGUCGGAGCUGUCUCCGAGGAAGUGCGGACCGAGCUUGAGCGUGGAGUCGUCUCCUGGGCAGAGCAAGGGCAUUCAGAGCUCCGUAGCGCUCUCGAGGCAGGCUUCGCUAGUCCGCGCUGGCGAGGUCUUGCAUGGUGGAAGCUCUUCUGGCGGGUUGAUGAUGUCGGCAUGAUCACAUCUGAUAUCUUGGAGAAGCAAUUUCUUCGCCGCGCCGAGCGCGAGGUCAUCUUCAAUUCGGGCAAAUACCAGCAGGCGGGCCUGCUAGAGGAGCCCAUCACUCCUCCUGAGUCCAACACAGAUUCAGCCCCCAGCAAAGCUUCACUUACUCCCUGGCCGACUCUGAUCCCCGAUCUUAGGGCCAAGUUGCUCAACACCACAGUUCCCUCGCUGCAGGCCCUCGCCCAGAGCCUAGUGCUCUUCAGCGUUUCUACCACUGCCUUGACCUCGACACUCUCUGUCCUCACGUACAUUUCCGUUCCUUCAGCAUCCGCUUAUGAAUCGGCCACCAUCGGCGCACUCGGUCUAAUCUACUCCCUACGUCGUCAGCAGAAGAAGUGGGAUAGUGCCCGUGGAUUCUGGGAGGACGAGGUCCGCGAAGAGGGCCGCACAUGUCUUCUCGAAACGGAAGCAUUGCUGCGUCAGAUUGUCCGUGAAGGUGGUAAAAGCAUCAGUGACGCGUCCGACCACCGCGCACGAGAAGCGGUUGUCCGCGCACGCAAGGCGUUAGAAGCUGUACGCUCGUGA